AUGGGUGAAGGAGAUUUGAAUAAAAAAGCACCAAAAUGUACUCAAGGUACUCUUGUUAUUCUUCAUAUCGAAAAUGUCACUAUUCCUCUUGUUUCUCUACCUCCAUAUAUCAUACCCAAUCUAUGUGUCACUUCAUCACCCACUUUUACUCAAAUCCCUAAUCAACCGUUCAUUAGCUUGUUCUCUUCCCAAUCUACUGAUCCACCACAAUCGGAUAAGCCACCCACACCUAUAGAAGAAUCUGAAAAUAAAGAUACAAGAUUUGGUGGUACUUUCAAAGAUUUAGAAUUUGACGAGGAAGAAGACAACUUUCCUUACCACAUGCUUAUGUCGAUGAAGCAAUUUAAAAUUUUGAAUAAAAAUUUGAAUUCUAUUAUUAAGUCUCAAGAGGAUAUGGGGGGAAGUAGUGUUGUUUCAAGUUUGGAGAUUGAUGGUUUGCUGAAAGUGUUUGAAGCCAGGAUGCAAGUGGACAUAAUUGCUAAUGUUGAGACAAAUUUUGUGAAAUUAAAUGAAGCCAUGAGUCCUCGGCUUUCUAAGUUGUCAACUCAAGAAUCGAAUAAUUUAACUAAGAUUACCUCUCAGUUAAAUGAGUUGAAGGGGUUUCUCAUGAAGUCCAUUUAUUCUUCGUUAAUCACUCCCGAUUUUUUAUCCCAAAAGUUCACUCAAUUCGAAGCAAUCCUUCACAAACAAUUAGCCACUUUAUCUCUUAUUUCAAGUUUGUUACCAACCAAUGCCCCGCCUAAACUCAUCGAGUAG